AAUUGGCUGACAAACACCGAAAGAACCGAAAGUAGGAGCCAUUUCAACAUAUAGAAUCAUGGUUCUCGUUGAACUAUUCCUUUUAGCAGUAGUAUUAGCUUACUUAGUUUAUAAGUGGUCUGUGGCCCCAUUCGAUUAUUUUGCCAAACGAAAUGUGGCCCAUGUGAAACCAAAGCCGCUGCUGGGCAAUGUCCCUCUCGCCGUGAUGAGAGGGCAGGGUUCCUAUCUCAAGCACAGCAUUGAUCUGCAUUUGAAGUUGAAGCAACAUAAAGUCUAUGGCGUCUACAACAUGAGGGAACCUCUCUACUAUCUGGCAGAUCCGAACUUGAUACGCCAAGUGGGCAUUAAGAGUUUCGACAACUUUGCCAAUCAUCGACGGGGAUUGAGUGAGGCGAAUGACAGUAGUGUCUUGUCCAAGAGUUUGCUCUCCCUGCGCGAUCGUCGUUGGAAACAAAUGAGGAGCACUUUGACGCCAACAUUUACCAGUUUGAAAAUACGUUUAAUGUUCGAGUUGAUCCAUGCCUGCAAUCUGGAGGCUGUCGAAUACAUUGGACGAGAGAUUCAGCAGGAGGAGAGUAACUCGGAGUUGGAGCUCAAAGAGUUCUUUACACGGUAUACCAACGAUGUGAUAGCCACUGCUGCAUUUGGUGUCCAGGUCAAUUCCUUUAAAGAUCCACAAAACGAAUUCUACACAAUUGGCCAACGAGUGUCGCAAUUUACCUUUUGGGGUGGACUUAAAGUGGCUUUGUAUAUUCUACUACCCAAAAUAAUGAAGGCUCUUCGUGUUCCCGUUAUGGACAUGAAUAAUGUGGAAUAUUUUAAGAAAUUGGUUUUCGGAACUAUUAAGUAUCGCAAGGAACACAAUAUCAUCCGUCCCGAUAUGAUACAACAAUUACUGGAGGCUCAGCGCCAAUUUAAACUCGAACAAGAAUCGUCUGAAGGUCUUCCAGCUUCGGCUGAUCGUGCGGAAUUCAAUGAUGAGGAUCUUUUGGCUCAGUGUUUGCUGUUUUUCUCAGCUGGAUUCGAGACAGUGGCCACUUGCUUGAGCUUCACCAGCUAUGAGCUGCACAUGAAUCAGGAAGUGCAGCAAAAACUCUAUGAAGAAAUUUUGGAGGUAGAAGAACGAUUGGAGGGAAAACCCCUAGAUUAUGACACUUUGAUGUCGAUGAAAUAUUUGGAUUGCAUUAUAUCUGAAUCGUUAAGGAAAUGGCCUCCAGCUAUAGUUAUUGAUCGACUAUGCGCCGAAAACUUUGAUUUGGUCGACGAGGAUGAGAAUAAGGUCUUGUUGAAAUUACAGAAAGAAGAUCUAGUUCACAUUCCUAUCAUAGCGCUGCACUAUGAUCCGGAAAACUUUGACGAACCCAACGAAUUUCGUCCCGAACGUUUCGAUGAGGAGCAUAAGCAUGAGAUUAAACCAUUUAGUUAUUUGCCCUUUGGCAUUGGUCAAAGGAGUUGUAUAGGCAACCGCAUGGCCUUAAUGGAGGUCAAGUCACUCAUUUAUCAGUUAAUACGUAAUUUUAAAUUGGAGCCAUCACCCAGAUCCACAUCAGACAUGAUGAACAGCAUUGCGGGCUUUCGCAUGCAGCCGAGGGAAUUGUUUUGGUGUAAAAUUGUGGCCAGGGAGAAAAAAAACUGAAAAUUAAUCAUAAAUAUUAAUAAAGAAAC